CUCCUUACCAACAACAGAACAACAACGCGUGCUUGCGGCUUUCGAAUCGCCGCUUUUUCCUUUGCUGUGCUAAGUUUUGCGCAAUUUGUAUUAAACAUUAAUUAAAAUGAGUGUACGUUUGUUAAAUGUGACCAGCAAGUUGCAGCGAUUGAGUUGCAUCAGUAAACGUUUCGGUUUUCACCCAAUUUUAGCUAAAACCGGUUAUGCAACAAGAGCAACCCAAAAGCUGUUGAAACCAUCACUAUGCAAUAGAUGGAAUAUUCUGCCGAUUCCAAUACACAAUGGUUAUGCUACUGCCGCUGAAUCAACAACUGCGCCAAAAGCGCCUAUAGUCACAGUGCUAUUGGAGAAGAUAAUGACACUACACCAAAACACAGGCCAACUUCACUUCGAGCUAUGUGACAAAAUCAUCACGCAAUUGGAAAAGAAUCCAUAUGUUUACAAUCAACUACUUGGUGACGAGCAGGCACAUUUUCUACUUCGUGCCACCGGCACACAAAUGCCAGCACGUCCAAGCAACACACGUUUGGCGCUUUUUCAGCGAUUGUGGUCCUAUUUGUCACAACAUGACCAAUUAAACGCAUCACAUUAUAUAACUUGGCUGCAUGUCCUGCAGCACAAUCGUGCACCAUGCGCCGAUUUCAAAAAAUUUCUCGACGAAUUUAACAAAUUGAAUGUGAAUAAUGAAUAUGCACUCACAGAUAUUUAUGCAGAACUAUUGGAGACUGCUUGUGGCGCUGGUGAUAUGCAGCAAGCAACAGCGCUGCUUGCGGAAAUGCGUUCACAUGACCUUCCGCUGACUAUGCGUCACUUUAAUGCGCUGUUAUGGGGUCACUCACGCAAUCAUGAUCUGGCUGGUUGCCGUUCGGUGCUCGACAACAUGAAUGCUGCUGGUAUUACGCCCAGCGCAGAAACUCACUCCUUAAUGGUGUGUGCAUACUUGGAAAAUGACGACAACGCAAAGGCAACGGAAGUGUUAAGUCAAUUUCAUGGACAAUUCAACGACUCGCAAGUAGUGCGUAUGCUUAGCAGUCUUCUACAUGUUAAAGCGCCGCAUAAUGAGGAACUUAUAAAGCAGCUGGUACGUGAAUUGCCCAAAGAUUUCACGGUAGGCACGGAAGUGCCAAUACCACUGCGUCACUUAUGUGUGGAACUUCUGCAUAACGGAAAUCUAACGACAGUGCAAGCUAUUGUAUUCAAUUUGCCUACACCACGCUUCAACGAAAACCAAAGUAUCGACACCUUUGGCGUCUUUCUGCUGCAAGAGCUCUUCCGCACUAAAUACAGCGCCACAGAAAUUAUAGAGAUAGCAAAAAUGUUGCAGGAUAGCAACAAGAACACACGCGCACUGCACAUUGCCACAGAAAUAGCUCUGCGACGCAACGCCGAGUUAGCCAUACCAUUCUUGGAGUCACUGGCACAGCUGGAACCACUGCGUCCACACUAUUUUUGGCCAUCACUAUUGCAAAGCCAUGAACAAUCGGGCGAAGCUGGUCUGCUAGGCGUACUGAAACAAAUGAACUCGCUCAAUGUGACUUGCGAUCGCGAGACCAUCGCGCUCUAUGUACUGCCCAAUUUACCAAUAACGCUACAGCAACCAGAAAAAGCAAUAAAGGCGCUUGAUGAUGUAGGCGCCAAACCGUCACUGGUAUUAAUUGAAAUAGUCAUGUAUUUAUUAAUGCGCCAGCGGUUUGAGGCGGCACAUGAUUUGCUUGAGCUGUACCCAACCAAGUUAACAGUUGAGCAAUUGGUGCCAACACUAGCCAAUGCAACUGUUAAUGUGCGCGCUACCAAGCGUUACCAGCAAUUUGCUAAACUGCUGGCGGUCUUGUCAAAAAAGAACGAAAACCGCAAAGUUGACUGGAUCGGGCAGCUGCUGCUGACUAUGGUACAAGGACAGUUGCGUUUGCGCAGCGAUCUGAAAGCGCUAAAACGCUUCGUUGAUGAAAUCGCCAAAUUCGGGCUGGCAAUAUCGCCCGCAGCCGCCAACACCAUAAUAACAACGCUCGAGGAGCAAAUGAAUACGGAUGAGAAUCUAGCUAAGCUGAAAGAAGCGUUGCAUAAAAUUAUCGAUCAAAAUGUAAUGCUGCUGCAAAGCGCAAGCAGUGUUGGCAGCAAUGCCGGUUCGACUUUCGUAAAGCAUCCACGCGACAUGACGCUCGAUGAGUUGGAAUGCCAUCUAAUCGAAUUAGAAGGGAAAGGUAUGAACACGCGUGGGCUGCUUCGCCGACUUUUGCAACUAUGCGUGCGCAAUGGACGUUUGGAGCGCGCACAAGAGAUCAAAGCCAAGUGUGAUCAACUGCAAGUGCAGGUCAGCGCUGGUAUGUUGGCUAGCACGUUGGAUCUCUAUAUCAAAAUCAAUGAUCUGGCCAAUGCCGAAAAGUGUUUACAGCAACUGCAGCAAGAGUUCCCAAACUUUUCGCUGGACGAACACAAGUUCAUGGACUUUGCUGCGCUGCUUGUGCACCACAAUCAGCUGGACAGGGCGAAGCAAUUGCUGGAAACGCGCGCAACCACACAACGCGUGCAUGGCGGCGACUAUGUUCUUAAAAAUGUUUGGAAUUUUCUCACAAACGUUGCGCAGCUGGCAGCACAAAUGCCUGCGCUGGAACCGGAGCGCAACUUGACACGUGAACACUUCCACUUUUUGCAGAAAUUGAGAUACUGCAAUGCGCACAACACGGUCUUGGGGCCGAUUGUGCGCGAGCGCUUGCUGCGCCUUGACAUUAAGGGCGCCGUGGACGAUUUCAAAAAACUCGCCGAGCUCUACAAACACACGCCGCUGCAGUUCGAAUUGCUCUCGCUGCUGGUGCGCCUAAGCAACGGCCAUGAACCAGAGGUGACGCAAUAUAGCGGUGUUAACGGCGAAACGGCACAACAGCUAUUAAGCGAAGUGACCAGCGCCAUCUCCAAAGUACAUGGCACCUUGAACAUGAAUAGCGGUCUGCUGUUGGCCUUUGCCGAGUCCGGCACGGAUAAUCAAUUGCGGCGACUGCUCAUCAAUCCAGAGUUCCGCAUCAAUGAGGCGUUACUAAUGAAGAACUGCGAGUACUUGGGCGAGGAGGGCGCGGUGAGCACGCUACUGCGGCUGGCGCGUGGCGCACGCGGCUUCGGACGCGUUAUUGACGAGCAAAAUAUUUACACGAUGCUGCUGACACACUUCGCGAAGGCGAAUAAUUAUCAAGCCGCUUUAGAUCUGUACGAGCGUCUUGAAACGGACGACGAACUGAAGAUAUCACAAGACUUUUUGCGCAAUCUGGUGCAAUUGCUGCGUGUCAACAAUGUCGAAAUACCCAGCAGAGUGGCGUUGCGUGCACAGAUCAUGUAGUACGUGACCAUGUCACUCUAAACUGUAUUUAGUUUAAGUCUUAUGUAAACAUAUUUAUAGGUACGAAUACGUAAUGCAAACGCUUUCGUUUGACUUUGUUUGAAGCAUUUGUAAUUAGUUAAUAAAACUAGCAAACUCUUAUUUGUUAUUUGUAUUACUUAAAUUAUGUUUAUUCACUAGCAAUUAAAUGCUAAAAUAUACAACAACGCAAAUACAUAUUUCCUUGUUAUAGUAAACUAGCAUGGACAUACGACUGCAUGGUCGUGUCGCAGCAUAUUUGCCAGCAAUUUUGAUUUCCGUAUGCGUAAGAGCUAUUUUAAUAAUUAUAUUGUACAUUUACAAUUUCAA